AAUAAACACGGAGAAGAAGAAGAGAAAGAAUGGAGAGGCUAAUGUUAGCAGCUUGUAGGCUGAUUAUGUAGCCAGUUAGCCAUGUAGCUAAACCUAUUAUCUCAGGUAACCGCUGUACUGAUAGUAAUAUAAUAUUCAAACGCCAUAAAUUCGGCAUAUAGACACGCAUUAAUAAAUCGACUGCCAAAAACAAGGAAGUUAUUACGGAAAGAUGCAGGCAGGUGCACCUGCAAUUGGUGCGCCCGUGGCAGUAGCUGGUGGUCAGAGUCGAUCAGAGGAUGAGGAGUCACUGGGGAUAAAAGAUGUGAAAAGGACAGCAACACAAGCCUUUGGUGGUGGUGUUCCCAAACGCAGAAGCUCCUCCAGGUCAAUAAAGAGGAAGAAGUUUGACGAUGAGCUGGUGGAAAGCAGUCUGGUCAAGUCAUCCAGUAGAGUCAAAGGUCCACCUGUCGUAGAGCCAGUCCGCUGUUCAGGGAACGAGCCUUCGUUCAGUGAGAAGAAAAAGGUGACAAAAUCCAGCACUGCUCUCACACCGCCACUUGCCAUGGUGGUAAGCCCCGCACCCAUCACCAAAAGGGUGAAGAAAAGCAAGCAGCCUCUACAGAUCACAAAAGACCUGGGCCGGUGGAAACCCACUGAUGACCUGCUGCUUAUAAAUGCUGUGCUGCAGACCACAGACCUCACCUCCGUUCAUUUGGGGGUCAAGUUCAGCUGUCGUUUCACCCUACGGGAGAUUAAAGAGAGGUGGUACGCUCUCCUCUACGAUCCUGUGAUCUCAAAGCUGGCGUGGCAGGCCAUGCGACAGCUUCAUCCGGAGGCCAUCGCCGCGAUCCAAAGCAAAGCUCUCUUCAGUCAGGCUGAGGAGGCUCAGCUGGCUAAGAUUGGUUCGACGAGUCAACCCAAACUGGAGGUGUUCCAGGAGCUCUUGAGCAAGCACCCCAGUGUGUUUCACCCCUCUCGCACCCCCAAGAGCCUGCUGGUGCACUGGCAGCUGCUCAAGCAGUACUACCUUCUGGACGACCAGAGUGUCCAGCCUCUCCCUAAAGGUGACCAGGUCCUCAACUUCUCCGAUGCUGAGCAGAUGGUUGAUGAUGCAAAAUUAAAGGAGAGCAGAGACGAGGUGUUGGAGCAUGAGCUGAUGAUUUCUGAUCGUCACCAGAAAAGGGAGAUAAGACAACUGGAGCAGGAGUUGCCACGUUGGCAGGUCCUUGUGGACAGCAUCACAGGGAUGAACUUGCCAGACUUUGACAACCAGACUCUAGCAGCACUGAGAGGACGAAUGGUACGCUACCUUAUGAGAUCCCGAGAGAUCACGCUGGGCAGGGCAACCAAGGACAAACAGAUAGAUGUGGAUCUGUCACUAGAAGGGCCUGCCUGGAAAAUAUCUAGGAAACAAGGGAUUAUAAAGCUGAAGAACAAUGGAGACUUCUUCAUUGCCAAUGAGGGCAGACGACCCAUCUACAUAGACGGCAGACCGGUCCUGUCAGGCAACAAGUGGAAACUAAACAACAACUCUGUAGUGGAGAUUGCAGGUCUUCGAUUUGUGUUUCUGAUUAACCUGGAACUCAUUUCACUAAUCAAAGCUGAAGCAGCCAAGAUGAUACAGCAGUGACUGUCAGCCUCCCGACAGAGGAGUGGAAACACAAGCUGUGGCAAGCAUAUGGAUCCAGUCAGUCCCUCAAUAUAGAGCACUGGCCAGCAGCUGUCCUCAUGAGGCCCGGCAGUGCCACCAAGAGCCUGAGUGACAUUUGCUAACAACUGAAAAUGUGAAUUUCAAGCAGCCUCUUUGGCUCCGACUUCAUCAUCAAGCAAGAUUACUGCAAGUACUGCUGGAUAAUUGGGUGUUUUUCAUGUUGUAAUGUAGACACUCCCAUGAUAGAGCCUUGUUUAUCCAGUUUUUCAGUAUAUUGAAUUGUAUUUAAAUUCUGUACUAAAAGCUUUUUCAGAAUAUUAAACUUGUAUACCCAUA